GAGAAGCUUUACUUCUCUUCUGUGGACAAGCAGAGACGAAGAAGAAGAAGAAGAAGAAGAAGAAGAAGAAGAAGAAGAGGAAAGCUCUCAACUUUCAGUUUCGGCCGUCUCCUCUUCUCCUCGGAAUGUCUACCGCUGCUCUCUCCCCACUCCGCUUCUCCUUCCCUUCUGCCGCCACACUCCCCACCUCCCACCCCUCCAAGCCUACAUUCCCUGUCUUCGGCUCUGCUCCUCGGAGAACUGGUCCGAGGAUCCUAGGCCCUCCUCCUCCUCGUGCGGCAAUCUCCACCUCCGGACACCAUCAAAGCAGCUAUGAUCCGGAGCUCCGGAAGGUCCUCGAGCUCGCCACGGACUCGGAGUUGUAUGAACUCGAAAGGAUCCUCUUCGGUCCCAGCUACUUCAGCCCGUUAUUGAAGUCAAUUACGAGCGGGGCUGAUGUGGACUAUGCCGUGAUUGGAGAAGAUCUAGAAGAGAGGGAGGAUUUCUUGGCAGCUCUUGAGUCGCGGUUCUUGUUCCUGGCGGCCGAUGCCCGCUCAGUUUUAAGAGGGUGGAGGCCUUCUUACAGAAAUGUCUUGCUUUCCGUGAGGAAGAAACUGAAUAUUCCUUGCUCGAGCAAAUUGUCGACUGAAGACUUGGAAGCUGAAAUUUUUCUUCAUCUGUUGUAUGAUUAUUCGAGUGAAGAAUUUGGGAGUAAGAGUGUGUGGGGAUCUUCCAAAGCUUCUGAUGCUGAAAGUAAUCUAGAACUAGGUUAUGAUCAGCAAAAGAUUGAAGCCCUUGCUGCUUCAAGAGUCGGGUCUCAGGAACUGCACUCAUUGAUUUUCAAGGGUGGAAGUAUCCUGACUCUGGCAAAGAUUUAUCAAAUGAUAGCUGGAAAAUUAUCUGGGAAGGUUUGCCUAGAGGCUGCUAACUAUCAGAUAAAGAAGGAAGUGCUCAAGAAGGGUGGGCAGUUAGCUGCUAUCAACCUCGAGUCAAGGGCAGCAUUGCUCGCUGCAAGACAGGGAUUAGCUGGUGCUGCAUCAACAUAUCUUGGUUUUAGGAGCAUGAUGUCUCUUCUCGGUCCAAUGAUGUGGGGAACCUUGCUGGCAGAUGUUGUCAUUCAGAUGCUUGGAACUGAUUAUGCUAGAAUCGUCAGAGCGAUUUUUGCUUUUGCCCAGAUACGAAUCACACGCACCUAUAAAUAAUCAACAGACCGAGGCUCGACAAACUUUUGCAGUUUUAGCAGUAGGAGGUAAUGUUAUGUCUUUUAUGCAGAUGUAGAUGCAGACUAGAGGUUUUGCUCGAAAUCCAUCUCCUUGCUUCUGCGGAAGCUGAAGAAUAUGGAGUUGCAAUGUUGGGAUUUUGGUGUGGAAACUGUACAUAAAUCUUUCCCUCUGUCCAUAAUAUAAUAGAAAAUUUGCUAUUUUCUGUCGCGCCA